CACAAGCUAUCCUUAGCUUUUAGGCCAUCCUUUGUUUUUCUUUUGCAUACAUUUUCUUAAGCCUCCCGCAAGACUCAGGUACAUUAACAAUCUUUUUACGAGCUUUUGUUUCUCUUCAAUCCUACGAGCUUUUGCACUUUGGGAAUUCGGGAGCCAUAAUAGCAGUAAUGAGAUUUAAGAAAGGAGAUAAAGUGGAAGUUUUGAGCCAGAAGGAGGUUCCCUCUGGCUUCUGGCGUUGUGCAGAGAUAAUUUGUGGUAAUGGCCAUAACUACACUGUUAGAUACGAUGGGUAUUCUAGUGCCAAUGACAAGAAAUUCUGGGAUAGAGUUUCCAGGAAGUCUAUCAGGCCUUACCCUCCUCUACUGGACGUUUCGGAGUUUUGGGUUCCUGGUGAUAUAGUAGAGGUGUUUGAUAAUUUUUCUUGGAAAAUGGCAAGAAUUUCAAUGGUUUUAGGGAAGAAAUACUUUUUGGUCAGGCUUCUUGGAUCUUCUUUGGAAUUCAAACUUAAGGAAUUUGACAUACGGGUGAGACAAUCUUGGCAAGAUGACAAAUGGGUUGUGAUUGGGGAGGGCUCUGGCAGUUGGGAAGAUCGGAAACAUGAUAGAAGUUUGACAUUGCACUGUCAAACUUCAAGCUAUCAAAUUAAGAAGACAAAUACAAAGAUGAAUUUGCAUGUAAAAAAUGAUUGCUUUCCUGUUAAGAGCAAUGUGAAUGCGGAUGAAUCCCAUAUUGCUUCAUCUAAAACUCUGAAGAGAGGACCUCCUCAUUGCCAUUCUCAGGUUGAAGGAUAUAGUGGAGCUGUCAAGAAGUUAAGAAGAACUGACAAGCAUGGCAGAUUGCAUCAAGUGGUUGCUGCAAAUCCAUCUUCAUUACCUGAGCAGGUAGAAGCUGUUGCUUUCCCAAAAGAAAUGUUGAGUGAAAUAUACAUCCAUCCUCCUUUCAAUGAUGGAACAACAGGGUUUUCUGAAGUCGAAGCAGAAAGGAGAAAAUCAACUGGAGCUUCUCUAGCAGUAAACAUAGAUUCAAAUGAUGCUCAGAGUGUUACAUGCUCUGUUGGUAGUUGUAGUGUCAAUAGCAACAAUUCCUAUAAGUUGCCUCGUUGUAUUUCUACAGGUCCUACUGAAGAUAUUGAUGGUAAUUUUAGUGAUGCUGAAUCUUUUUGUUGGUUGAGACAUGAUGAAGGAAAUAGUCUCCCCACAAAAAAGGAAUUGGAAGCCGAAAUCCAUAGGUUAGAAUUGCAUGCCUACAGAUCCACUAUGGAGGCAUUGCAUGCAUCAGGACCCUUAAGUUGGGAACAAGAAGCAUUUGUGACAAAUCUUCGUCUUUCACUCCAUAUAUCAAAUGAUGAACAUUUAAAGCUGAUAAGAAACUUAGUUUCUGCUGAUAACAGUAUUCCCAUUAGAUGACUGGAUACUCUGGGUUUUUUUUUUUCAAUUUUUUUGUUUGCUAGGUGUAGAAUAUCAUAAAGUUUUGCUUUGAUGCCCCUCUGUUGUAAGAAGCAUGAUAAAAGAAAUGUUUAUCAAUCAUUCUCUUUUGGCAUUAUGGCAUAUAGCGGUCUAGUUUAAAAUCAGUGUAACACAAACAUCAAAAUUAACAGUUCUAAGCUCAUCCUUGUGCGUCUCUUUUGCUCUUUUAUUGCAGCAUUAAUCAGAAUCAUCCCUCUUACUCUC